AGCCAUGGAAGAAAGACAGGAUGCCGAGGGCGCCUGCUGCGAUGGAGCGUUUGCUGAAGCUCGCCGAUGGAUGGAGGCAGCUACUGGGAAAAGUUUUGGAGAAAAGGAUUUUCGUGCUGCUUUGGAGAAUGGAGUCCUCCUGUGUGAUCUAAUUAACAAGAUCAAACCUGGCAUCAUUAAAAAGAUUAAUCGUCUGUCAACGCCAAUAGCUGGGCUGGAUAAUAUCAAUGUGUUCUUGAAAGCUUGUCAAAAUCUUGGAUUAAAAGAAGCUCAGCUUUUUCAUCCUGGUGACCUUCAGGAUUUAUCUAAUCGAGUUACUGUCAAGCAAGAAGAGACCAACAGAAGAGUUAAAAAUGUUUUGAUUACAUUAUAUUGGUUGGGUAGGAAAGCACACAGCAACCCUUAUUAUAAUGGUCCUCAGCUUAAUUUAAAAGCCUUUGAGAAACUAUUGGGACAAGCCUUGACAAAGGCUCUUGGGGAAUCCUGUAGUCCCAAGCGAAGUGGAAGGGAUAGUGGAUACGGCGAUAUUUGGUAUAUUGAACGUAGUGACACACUUUCAUCAUCUACCAGUCAUAAGAGAGACGAUUCCUUUGACAGCUUGGACUCCUUUGGCUCACGGUCUUCUGCAAGCUUUUCAUCAGACAUAACCUUGAAAGGUGGCAGUGAAGAUUGUGAAAGUGACACAGAUUCUGAAACACGCGCAAGAAUGCAUGAUCCCAGUAAGGAUGACAUGUCAAAGCGCAGAGUUGCUUUAGUUGAACCCAAGCCUGCUGCAGAGUUCAAUCGUUUCUUACCCAACAAAGCCAAACCACCAACAUACAUGCCAGCACCUUUGAGGAAGAAGAGGACAGAGAAGAACGAGGACAAUAGAAGAAGCUGGGCAAGUCCUGUGUUUACUGAGCCAGAUGGAACAUUUUCGAGUAACCAAAGAAGAACUAUGGAGCAAGAGAUGGAACGCAAGUCAGCGGCUAACAUUCUUUCAGACUUCUCCAACUAUUUUGAGGAGGAGGAGGAGGAGACAAUAGGCACUCCAGACAUAGAAACAGAUGACCUUUAUGUUCGCAAAAUAAAUGCUGCGAUGUCAAACAUAAAAGAUUCCUCCCAUAAGUUUCUUCCGAAGUCUUGGGCUCCAGGACAAGAGUUGCACUGGAAAAAAGCAAAGAGGAUAUCUUUUUCCAAGCAAUGGUAUAAGGAGAUUCAAGGAUUCAGUAAGAGCACAGAUUCUGAAGAGGAUGUUGCAAGAGUCCAGCCAAACAUUAUCAUCAUGGGUAGCUUGGAUAACAGUUGCAGAGAAGACCCACACUUGGUUAAAAAAGCAGCCGAAUAUGCUGCGAAACCAUUAUUACAAGCUGCAGAAGAGAAGACUAGUUGUUCCUCCGAUCAACCAAGUCAGUUUUUAUUUCUCCGGGCACUGCAAAAAUAUUCGGAUGACUACCUGUCCUCUGAAACUAGAACCAAAAUAGAUCCUGCUUCAGGGCCUAGGCUUGUAACAUGCAGAACAAAGAAUUAUUUUAGGCUUGGACAUGACAAAACAAACAAUGAAAAUGGAGACUUUUAUCCAGAUUUGGAAAACGAUGAUUUAUUUGUUCGUAAGACUGGUGCUUUCCACAUGAAUCCAGUAAUACAAGAUUUUGAGUACCUUAGAAAUUCCUAUAAGCAAGGCCCUCGCUUAGAAGGGGAAAUUGUUCUCCAGCCCAGAAAUGGUGAAUCUGCAAUUCCAGAUCUAGAAAAAGAUGAUCUGACAGUCCGCAAAGCUCAACUACAGAAAAAAGAAGUGCCCUUAUCAGGUGCCCCAGAUAAAUACCAGCCUGCUCUCUUUCCUGAUCCUUGGAGUCUCCCGCCAGAAAUCCAGGCCAAAUUUCUUUGUUUGCUUGAGAAGACCACCGCAACGGCUGAGAGAGAAAGUGGUGGGAAGGUUUCAUCUCCAUCUUCACGACAAAAGAAGGAUGAUAUGCUGACCCGCAGGAUUGAGCUGUUUAAUGUAGGAGUGAAUGUGCAUCCGAUUAGCUUCUGUCCAGGAGCAUGCAGCAAAGAAGAUAUAGAAAAAUGGGAGGCAAUCAGAGAAGCUAGCAAAAUCAGACACAAGAAACGGCAAAUGGUGGAAAGGCUGUUUCAAAAGAUUUCUGAUGAGCAUGGGAGUAAAUCCUUGAAUGAUGUCAGUGCAGAUGAGCUGCAAACAAUCCGUCAACUACGUUACGAGGAGCUCCAGAAAAUAAGGACUCAGCUACAACAACAAGAUGAGCAAUGGCAAGAUGAUUUGGCAAAAUGGAAAAACAGGCGCAAGAGUUACACUUCUGAUUUGCAAAAGAAAAAGGACGAGAGAGAAGAAAUUGAGCGGAAAACUUCUGAGAGUUCUGGAAGACGCAGCAAAUCAUUGAGAGAAAUGCAGCAAGAUAGGGAGGUCCGAGAUCAAGGACUCGAUAGUAGCCACCGGCAGCAAGCAGAGCACAGAAGAAUGUAUUUUUCAAAUGAUGAAGUGUUUAGUGAAGAGAAAAUACCUUUAAGUUCAUCAACAGAUUACUUUAUUGAAAAUGAUGCUGUCCGCUACUUAAAAAAGGGUGAUGAAAAUAAUAAAGAGGGUGAUAUAGAAGCAGGGAACUGUGCAAGAAUUGAAACUCAAAUUCCACCUAAGAUCAUGACUGAAGAAAAGAGCCAGCCUCCUUUGUCAAGUCACCAUUCACUAAAUGCGCAAAUUGGGUCAGCUCAAGUUUCAGCUCCUCUCCCAAGAAGUUACCAGAGAAGUAAUACUGCCAGGCUAACGUCUGUGGUUACUCCAAGGCCUUUCGGUGCCCCUUCCAGAGGAAUCUCGUCACUUCCCAGAUCGUUUACGAUGGAUGAUGCCCCAAAAUAUAAUGGAGAAAUACACGUGUCUAAGAGAACGCAACAUAUGUUCACCAGCAACUCGUUUUCUAAGCCAGAAGCUGCACAAAGCCAAUCCAUAAGUGAUCUACGUAGUGCAGAGGACAUGAAUUGGACAAAACACUCGCCUGCAGAGAAUACCUCUGCUACAAGUAAAGUUGGAGAUAUUAAUCAUCUUGGUUCUAAACCAGAACAUCAUGUUGGCCAUGACUCCAUUUCAGCUGUAUAUUCAGCAACAGAAGAGAGAAGCCUUCCAGAGACUGAGAUUUCAAGAGUACAAGACCAGUACAGUGAUAUGAGAAUCAGUAUAAACCAGAGACCUGGCAGCAAUCGGAGCUUUGGGUUUGCAAUUCACCAGAACCCUUCUGGAGUGUUUGUAAAGUCCAUAGAAGAAGGUAGCCCUGCAGACUUUUGUCAGUUGAAUGUUGAGGAUGAAAUCCUGUCCCUCAAUGGCACAAAGAUUUCACAAAUGGACCAGAGUCAAUGGGAAGCAUCUCUCAGCAGUGCACUAGAAACUGGAAACCUUGUCAUGGAUGUCAGGCGAUAUGGAAAGAAGGACUGGGGCAAAGACCAGCCUUCCCUGCCAUAUGCAAGGCACAAAAUCCUCAAUCUCACCAGUAUGGCUACCAACAUUGUAGGUACACCUGAAAACAAAUGGAUUGAUGCGACAUCUGGAGACAACACUUCAAACAAGAGCAGAAAUACAUCAGCACAAAAAGACCUGCACAACAGCUUCCAGAAUGAUGAUUCAGAAACAAAAGUCAAUGGAAUGCAAAGAGAUGCAAGUUCCAAUGAGCAUAAAGAUACAGAAUCUAUUUCUUUGAAAAACUUAAAAAGACGAUCACAGUUUUUUGAACAAGGAGGCUCAGAACCUGCAAUGCCUGAUCUCCCAGUUCCACCCAUCAGUACUCCUAGCCGGUGGGCUUGGGAUCAAGAAGAAGAAAGAAAAAGACAAGAGAAAUGGCAGGCAGAACAGGAACGCUUACUUCAGGAGAAAUAUAACCGUGAACAAGAGAAGCUGAAGGAAGAAUGGCUGAAAGCUCAGGAAGAGGCUGAAAAGGAGAGCUCCAAAUAUUUAAAUGAGGAGCAAACUGUAUUGACAUCAAAUACCAUGUCUAUUACUACACAAGAGCCACCUGCUUCCUCGUGGUUGAAAAAUGGAAGUGACAAGUCUGAGUAUACUUAUGCUGGUAGACAAUGGGAAGAGGAAAGAGAACAAUUGAAGAAAGAAGAAGAACAGAAACAUCUCCGGGAGAUACAGAGAUUGCAAGAAGAAGCAGCCUUGCAAAUGGAACAAGAGAGGAAGUUCCAAGAACUGGAGCGUGAGAAAGAAUCUAAUGUACGGGAUACAGUAUACCAUGUAGAGGAGCCACAGUAUAAUAUGCGGAGGAGCCGAGAAGAAGCAGAACAGAAACCACAAGUGGAACAAGUCAAGGACGUUGCAGCGCAGAGGUUCCAAUAUCAAAGACAUUAUUAUGAAACAUCAAGAAACUCUGAACAACCAAGCUCCUUCAGUGCUGACAGAAGUAAAUCCAGAUCAACUACAGAUCUAGAUGAUCAUCCUGUCAAUAGAAAUGGUGUGAAGAACAAAUUAUCCGAGCAACCAUGGACUGCUGGUGACUCACAGAGAAGAUCUCAGAAAGAACACGGUGUGUCAUCUGCUGAGCUCGAAAGACAGCAACUCCUUCAGGAAAUGAGGAAGAAGACAUCCCUGAAUACAGACAAUAGCUGGAUCAGGCAACGCAGUUCAAGCAUGCAUAAAGACUUCACUAGUCUGCCUGGCAGUAAAAUGAGAAGAGGUGAGAGUUUAGAUAACCUUGAUUCUUCGAGAACAAAUUCCCGGAGGCCUCAUUCUUGGAUGAAUCAGUCUGCAUCUUCAAUGUCUUUAUCAUCUAGUCAAGAUAUUAGUCACCAUAUGCCUCCGGUGGUGUCCACUUCAAAUCGUGCCUACAUGCGCACUCCCUCUUCCAGCCUGCCAUCACCUUCAAUGAAAACCUCAUCCUUGCCUCAUAUUCUCCCAUCUGCACCAUCUCCAGUUCCCCAUUCUCAGUCAUCAACUUCUCCUUCCCUGUCAGGAAGCCAGCAACGCAACAGGUCGGUCAGUGGAAAGCGAGUCUGUUCAUACUGUAGAAACGUUCUGGGCAAAGGAGCAGCCAUGAUCAUCGAAUCUCUUGGUCUAUGCUAUCAUUUACAUUGUUUUAAGUGUGUUGCUUGUGAGUGCGAGCUUGGGGGCUCACAGGCUGGAACAGAAGUCCGUAUCCGAAACAAUGAACUCUUCUGCAACGACUGCUAUCUCAGAUUUAAAACUGGACAGCCAACCAUUAUGUGAGACAAGCCCAAAUAUGAAACCAUUGCUACAGAUACAGGAGGAAGCCGCUGCUGUAGAUCUAUAAAUAUAUAUUGUGUGCAGUUUUUUAAA